AUGGUGAAGGACUUUCCUGAUGUAUUUCCGAAUGAGUUACUCGAACAAUUAGUCGAUAGGGAGAUUGAAUUUACAAUUGAUGUAAUACCAGUUUCCACAUUAGCAUUGGUAAUGGUGCCAUAUGAGGCACUAUAUGGUGGAAACUGUAGAUCUCUAGUUUGUUGGACUGAGGAUGGUGAUAGGGCUAUAUAUGGGACAAAACUUGUGCAGCAAACAACUAAAAAGAUAAAGAUCGUUCAACAACGGCUCAAAACUGUACAAAGCCGACAGAAGAGUUGUGUGGAUCAGCGAAAAAGAGAUUUAGAGUAUGAAAUAGGGGAUCAUGUAUUUAUCAAAGUAACACCGAUGAAAGGGCAAACAAGAUUCGAUAAAAAAGGGAAAUCGACUCCUCGUUACAUUGGACAGUUCCAAAUCGUUGAAACAUUGGGUCCUAUUGCUUACCAAAUUGCCUUACCACUGGGAAUGGAACAAAUAGACAACGUAUUUCAUGUGUCUAUGCUUCGAGGCUACCUUAGAGAUCCAUUUCAUGUAAUUAAUUAUCACCUAAUUGCUUUAGAUGGAGAUAUGACCUAUGAAGAAUGGUCGGUGCAGAUUAUUAACCGACAGGUGAAACAGUUGAGAAAUAGAUCGAUUCUAAUGGUCACCGUAGAAUGGAGGGAACAUUAUAGGAAGGAAGCCACUUGGGAAAAAGAAGAUGAGAUGUGA